AUGCCUGCGCAGCUCGGGUCGCCCCGCCAUGCCUUGAUCAUGGAAGGCUACCUGCUCUACCUCGACACGCAAGACACCUCGAUUGGCGAGCUUGUCUAUGGCGCUCUGGAGGAAGGCUUCCUCAAGCUCUAUGCGUCUGCUGACCGCGCCACCGAUGCGUUGCGCUACGAAAUACCGCUCACGGACCACCAGCUUCGCGUCAAGCUCGUGCCGUAUGGCGAGAACGGCAGCUUUGUGCCCUGCCGCUUUCAGGUCGAUCUCGAGCCGUACCAGGCGACGUCAGGCAUGAUCCGUACGUACCUCUUUGCGGCCGCGACGUUCCAGGCGACUCAAGCGUGGUGCGACGCUCUCUUUGACUGGAAGCGCCAUGUCUUUGAUCCUUCGUUGCGAUCGCUGGAUAUUGCUGGGAACACGGAGGCCUGCAGCGUUGUCACUGUGGCAGCGACCGAACGAACGACACUGGAAGCGCGGAUCGUCGAGUGCAGCCUCGCGCCGCACCAUGUCGUUAGUAGCUCGUCACCCACCGGCCUCGCAGCGUGGUUCAAGCGUCAUUUCGGCACGUGAUGCAGCAGCGGUCGUACGCAAAUCACAUCAACAUUGCAUUUCGUUACCCA